AAUGGAAUGCAAGAGGUCAACCAAUCAAGCAUAAUAGCAAGAUGUUUGCUAGUUUCAUUGGUGUCACAGUUCGUCGGUUAGUUCCCAUAAGCUUGGACAAUUGGAGUGCGAAAAGAAAUAAAGAGGUUGUAGGGGUUUAUAAACAAAACAUUUGGGAUGAAAUUGAAAAAGCUUUUGUAAUUGGAGAGGAACAUCGUGCUUUUGUAUACAGAGAAGCUGGAAAGUUGCACAGGGCAUUUAGAACAAAAAUGGCAAGGUCAUAUCUAAGAGAUAGUAAGGGUGGUUUUGUUAAACAUCGCCCGGCCAAAUAUUCUUAUUGUAUAAAACAAGAGGAUUGGGAUAAAUUUGCAGCGCAACGUAUGUCUGAAAAGUUUCAGAAAGUUAGUAAGGAGAAUCGAGAAAGAGCGUUAAAUCCUCAACAUCCCUAUAGAAAGUCACGUUUAGGGUGUGCUCGUCUUGAAGCCGAUAUGAUAGAAGAGCCGGAAGUUGAUGAGAUAAGUCGUAGUCAAGUGUGGAAGGCUGCCCGCGUCAACAAGAACGGGGUGAUUGAUAAUGAGAAUGUUCAAAGAGUUGUGGAUCAAUGUGAGAAGUUAACAGAAGCUCUAACUGAAGAAGAGAAACAAGACCUUGGUCCUACAGAUAUAUUAUUUGAGGCUCUAAAUCUCCCAAACUACCCUGGGCGUGUUAGGAGUUAUGGUUUUGGGGUUUCUUCUAAGGACGUAUUACCACGCCAAAGUCGCCCCACACAAAUGGACUUUCAAAAAUUGUAUGGCUUUUGCAACACACUCAAAAGUAGAUUGGAGGUGCUAGAGAGAGAGAGAAGCUGGAGAGAGAUAAGUUGGAUAGAGAAAAGCUAGAGAG